AUGGCAACCGCGGGCGCCUUGUCGCCCGAAUCUCACGAUGCGCACGAUAUCAAGCCGACCACAGAGCAGACCGCGACCGUCUUGACGCCACCAACAUCAGAGGACCAUGAGCGCAAGCACGAUGGAGACGAGUCAGAACUGAGCGACCUUGAUUUGGAGGAAGAGGAAGAGGAGAUAUUCCCGGAUCACUACUGGGACGGAGAGCAUGGAGGCCGAAUACCCGUCUUCAAGCCAACCAUGGCCCAAUUUGCAGACUUCCAGAAAUUCAUUGGGCAGAUCGACAAGUAUGGCAUGAAAUCUGGUAUUGUAAAAGUUGUUCCUCCGCAAGAAUGGCGCGAGUCUCUUCCCGAGCUGCACGAAUAUGUAAAGCGCGUCAAGAUAAAGAAUCCCAUCACACAGGAAUUUAACGGCACUUUCGGCACUUACACACAGCAAAACGUCGAGAAGCAGCGCUCCUACAAUCUCCCGGAAUGGAAAGCUCUCACGGAGGAGACCAGCCAUCAACCUCCGGCCAAGCCCAAGAGCGGAGGCACCAAGUCAGUCACGUCUCGCAGACUGAACAACACUGCCGAGACUGUCGACCAUAUCGAUGAGAAGGCUUUCAAGAACUUCGACUAUCACCUGGAAAAUCUCGAUGAGUUCACGCCGGAGCGUUGUGCAGAGCUGGAGAGUAUGUACUGGAAGACAAUGGGUUUCAAUCAACCCAUGUAUGCCGCCGAUAUGCCAGGAUCUUUGUUCGACGACACGGUCACGAGCUGGAAUGUGGCAAAGCUGCCCAAUCUGCUGGACGUUCUCGGUACGAAAGUGCCUGGUGUCAACACCGCUUAUCUUUACAUGGGAAUGUGGAAAGCAACCUUCGCUUGGCAUCUCGAGGACGUCGACCUCUACAGUAUCAAUUACAUCCAUUUUGGUGCUCCAAAGCAGUGGUACAGCAUUUCACAGGAAGAUGCUCGAAAGUUCGAGCGCGCGAUGAAGCAGGCCUGGCCUGUUGACGCCAAGAAUUGCGAUCAAUUCUUGCGGCACAAGACCUACCUGAUUUCGCCAGAUGUGCUCCAGAAGCAGUAUGGUGUCAAGGUCAACAAGCUCGUGCAUUACGAAGGCGAAUUCGUGAUCACGUAUCCAUAUGGCUACCACUCUGGAUACAACCUUGGUUACAACUGUGCAGAAUCAGUGAACUUCGCGACCGAGUCGUGGCUGGAGUUUGGUCGCAUUGCAAAGAAGUGCAAUUGCGAAGCCGACAAUGUUUGGGUUGAUGUCGGCGAAAUCGAACGCAAGCUGAGAGGCGAGCCGACUCCGGAAUACUACGAGGAAACUGACAGCGAGGGCGAAGAUGAGGAUAUCGAGGACAGUAAAUUGCCCACUCCUCCUGCCAGUAAGAAGAAGAAGAAGAUCAGGAUUAGAAUUCGUCUGCCAACGAGAGAGCCGUGUUGCAUGUGUCCGAACGAGAAUAAGUGGGAUGAGCUCCUACCCACCGACACUGGCAAGCAAGCGCACAAAUCUUGCGCGCUCUACACCCCAGAGACCUACAUCGUCACCGAGGACGGCAAAGACAAGUGCACUCGUGCGUUCCACGCUACCUGCGCGGUUGCAGCUGGUGUACUUGUCGACUCUGGCCUGGUGCCUACAUUCAGCGAAGACGGCACGGAAUACUUCGAAGAAGGCUUUGAUUUCCGAUGCCGUUAUCACCGACCAAAGAUGGGCAAGAAUCCUGACACGGAGGCUUUCGAGGUCAACAAGCUGAUUUUGGACCACGCCAAGCAGCUAAAACCCAACGACACAGUGCAAGCCCGCUUCGUUGGUGGAGAAGUCUUCGGAGGUCUGGUCGUCGAGAAUCGGCCGCAAGAACGCACAGUCAUCGUCGACGUGCUUCCGGACGGC